CUAAUCUAAUUUUUUGUUUUACAGCUGCUAAACCCGAAAAAGAAUUGAUGCAUGAUGAAAAACCUCUUGAGGAAAAUAUAAACAGACUUGAAGUUGAUGGAGAUAUUGCACGCAGUGUUGAUGAUGCUAUUGCAAUUUUGAGCGUUUCUGGUGAGAAAGUGGAUCUCCACCCAGAGAAGAGGGUGAAGGCAGCGUAUCAAGCAUUUGAAGAGAAAAAUCUUCCUCUUCUGAAAGCUGAAAAUCCCAAUUUGCGCUUAUCCCAACUGAAGCAAAUGUUGAAAAAGGACUGGAUGAAGUCCCCUGAAAAUCCACUGAAUCAGCGAUAAAUACUUUUCUGCCAUUUUUGUUCCUAGUUUAUUAUGUCUUGACUGUUCUUGAGUUCCAAGAUUUGGAAAUGGUUUGCAUCAUCUCUGAGUGUACAUAAGUGUAUUGAUGUUGAUCAUGUGAUAUAUUUAUUGUAAGAACAAUGAAGUAAAAAUACAACUGUUUUUAAUUUA